AUGGCGUCGAGACCUUCCGCAAACCAUUCGGUCCACUUCGCUGCCCUGCCGCCUCGAACUACAUUGACGGCCAUGAUGACGACCCUCUUGCAAACCAGCGUUACACCCUUCCACAUACCGCCUCCGGCCGAGUUUCUUCGUCUGGUAUCGCACUUCAAGUCAAGUCGGACACGCCUGGCAAACGGCAACAUUAGAACAACCCAGCCAACGAACUUCAGUCCCUUCUGUGGACCACCUGAAGAGGUACCUACGAAGGCAACUCUUCAGUGGAACGGUCGGAACCUACAAUCCCCGGAUUCGAGACCAUUCUGUAAGACUCGGGGUUCUUAUUUUGACUACCAAUGUCUGCCGCAAACUAAUUAGAAUAUCGUUUGUAUUCCACAGAUAAAUAUCGAUGUUUCCUUAAACAUUGACAGAGAGUAGGUUUUGCUGGUUAACAAUGAGUUCUCCCAUGCGGUCAUCCUUUAGAAAGCUGUCGUAGCAGACAUGUGUCAGGAAUUGGACUCCCAAACGACGCCAGGGUAGUCUGGGUUGAUCUUAUGCUAACCGGCUAGUGACAGACCCCCGGAAACAAAACUUCAGUCUAGCAUUGGGGGGAGUAGCGUCAGAAUCAAACCAGUUAACGAAAUUUUAAGGCAAACCAAAUUAUUAUAAACAUCUGGAAAUUUCAAGGGUUUAUGGCAACUGGCCACGAUCAGUAGCGGGGAAGUAUCAGACUUAUGCUAUUGAGUAGAAUGGAGCUUGCUGUAUGCGACAAACGAGACGAAUUAGGGUUGUAAAGAGAGCACUUUCGAUUUGACUUGCACCAAGAAGCGGACCAGAAAUGGUCCUUAAGGAACUUGCUAAGUUAAGGACCCCCAGUCGAUUUUUGGAUCAAUCAGUUUGCCAUCCUACGGGCCAAAGUGUUCAAGGUAUCCAGACGGCUUCACGGGUGUUAAACUUUGUAAGAAACUUGCAACAAAAUUGAGCAUCUGGCUGCUGUUGAUGGACUAACGAGGUUUCGAUAGUCAAAACAGCAAACAGUCAUUCUUUGGCACCAAUAAAAAUAACUAAUAUUGUUUUCGACACUACAUGAUGGACAUCGCCGUGAUAAAAGCCAAUAUGACAGAGCUGGAAUGUAGACUCACGAGAACAUAAAACGGUACUGUAUCCAUGUAUCCAAGAAGAUUUUGAAGGAGUCCGUUAACAGAUGUAAUUGCACUAGGGAACAGAGAUCUAGCUGUCACAUCAAGAAUAAAAUCAAUACAUCCUCCCUAAACAACAGUAAUAUUAUCAGUACCACCGCUAUCGCCAGUAUUGACGCCUCGGAUGCGGCAAAAACUACAAGAUCCACCGCCGUGCCGAAGUGGCAGCUUGCCCGUAGAUCAUGUUUCAACGACGAGGCGUGAACGAAGAGGCCAACGAACCUACACAAACUGUCCACAUAUGCCGCACACACACAACCUGAUCCUUCGAUCCACACAAAUCAGGAUUCACGGAGGGGGAUCACAGACAAUUGAGAGUGCCAUAAUGAUCUCAUUCAAAAGGAGUCAUCGCAGUCCGACCCACAGACCUAAUUGGGACCGAGUUACUUUGUCAGAAGUCAUGACUAUGGACAAAUUACAAUAGUUUGGUUGUCCACAACAAUGACCUGAGUUGGACUGACCUCAUUCUAGCUUCCCACAAAUCGGUGGACGUUUCAAGUAAAACCGACUAUAAACGAGAUCGGAUGCUGCGGUCUACAUGAUGAGGAUAACAUUUUAAUGUUUGUUAUACGGGGACUCGGCUCUCACCUGGAGAAGAGAAUGGCAUAAAAUUCACAUCGUAUAGUUAUUGUAGUCUAACGGCGCAAGAAGCAUUUUGAGCUUUGAAGUGGUCUUUUGCGGGAGGAAGGGUUGUAUUUUCAGUUCACAUGACUGGUCCACCCUCCUCUGGAUGUAUUGUCGUAACGAUCUCCAAUGCCAGGGAUCGUCCGAACGUCGGGUUGCCCGAUCGGCAUGUUCUGCACCACAGGAAUGGGGAAAUUGAGAGGCGCGCGGACGCGUCCAGAAAUGGCCGUUUGAUAUUGCCUCAAAACAAUAGAAACGCAAAGUUGGCUACAGUGGCGAAACUACAUUCUGCCUCCUCCUGGCCUAUGGGCAUCAAGGAACGCUAUUCAUUGCGCAACACGUUCUAGAGGUACACCAAAACCGGUUGGCGGUCCUUUCGACGCUGGAAAACUUCACGGUGCGGUUAUAUGAAUGAGAGAGGGGAAAUGCUUUAGUUUUGUUGUUAUGCGUGCUUAAAGGGCAACGCAGGAUCAUGCGAUGUCUGCAUGUGAGAGGACGCAUGCAUCUCGCCUCCAUUCACUGUCAGUUGCAUACAAAAGAAAAUAUAUGUCCAACAACUGGUAGAAUUUGCGUGAAAUUUGUGCACCUGAAACGGAGGCGGGAGUCGAGUGUAGGAGAUUUCGAGCAAUACAAGCUGUUGGGCUACUUUUCUUUCUGAUUCGAUAUCGAAGUGCAUGAAUAUCAUUUUGUUACUGGUAUUAACGUCAGAUGCUCCUACUAAACAAACUUUAGGGGGGACUUCGAAGAUUUAACCAGCGUUACAGACAAAACGAUAAUAAGUAGACUAUACGGAGCAAGUCGGGAGACGAACAAAACUUAAAAAUAGCCACAUAUAUCCGGUAGUAUUAAUUACCAAAGUAAAUUCUUGGAUUUUUCAACAAUUCUGCGCUUGAUCGAAAUUAAUAAGAUUCAGGAGUACUGACCUGGUCAGAUUGGAGCGAUGCACACCGAUACGUCUCUAUCGCAGGACCGAAACGGGAAUUCUCGUCCGAUUUUUUAGUUGAGGAUCUACAGCCCACACAGACGGUCUCAAGACAAAUAACAAGCGAAAGGUUUUGUCGACAGACGCAGAGACCCUAGAGUGGCCACUCCUGCCUUAUUUGCCGUCGUCAGCUGGUGAUACCCCAACUCCAUAACGCACGGCCAAGGUUCGAACCCCAGUCGACUGAUCACCCAGCAACGCUCCCACUACUUGAUAAGAAGUGGAGGCGAUCGCUGGAACAAGAGCUUCCUUCACCGGAGGUUUCGAAGGUACGCUCGAACCCAUCAUCAGAGCCAGUAGUAUAUAAGGGUCUGUCACUGUCUCUGAUGAUGGGUCCGAGCAUGAACCCGAGACGCCAGGCAAAUGAAGCUCUUAUUCCAGUGAUUACAUCAACUUAUUAACUACUUCCUGGAACUCACAUCUUAGCUUAUAUCGACUCCCACUACUUUAUGAAAGACUUCCGUCAGGUCAGCUGACAUCGGGACGUGCGAGUGACGCCGCCCUGACUCCGGCUGACGACGGCAAAUCAACCAGAAAUGGACAUUCCAAGGCGACACUUCUCAUGAACCGAGCUGCUCUCUGCCGACAGGAGCCCAGGAGCAGGGUGUUGUCCGCUAAUAAAUUGACUGGAGCCCAGACUGUGGCCUGGGUAUGGGUUAAUUCUCGACGGUAAUGAUUAAUGCAACGGUAAGGGGCAUGUCGGUCUCUCCUUCAGUGUCCGUGACAAUUACUUAUUCGGCGUCUCAUCUGCGCCAAGUUUUCGAUUUCAUUGUAGGUUUUCGGCCGACAACAAUGCUACAUUUGCAUAAUCGAUGAAAAACACGGACAAUAAAUGCUGAAAAUAUGUCCUGUCUUUGUCUAGGGUUACUAAGUACUUGGGAUAGUCAAGCGAUAUAAGAUCAGCUUAAAACGCGCAUAAGCAGUCCGUCCAGCCUGAUGACAGAAUUCAGAAAGCAAUGGAAGGUGAUUUAUUCUGUACACAGGGCAGGUUGUCGCGGGUUGGCCGCUUGCUGGUGGGUCAGAGCAAGAAGCCCUUUCGGGUCUGAUGUGUACUCACCAGCUGAUUAUCGUUUAGUUGAUUAAUUGUUACAUGGGCUCCGUCUGGGAGGCAUAAUCGCGAGUGACAAAAGACCAAGGAUGAAAAGCCCCACCGUAAGAUGUGACGCUGGUGCGGCCGCCACAUAAUUACGGAAGAAAGAUGAUUGGUGCGCUAGUUUAGGUUUGUUGGUAGUCCCAGCGUUGUAGGUGGUUUCUAGGGGGAAGAUCUUAUUACGAAAGCUGGAAAAGUCGUGCAAAUUAUGCGGAAUUUCCUAACGCGCUUCAGCUGCCAGCACCUAGUCGACGAAAGCGAAACUUCCGUCGGACCUACCGGUAGAUCAUUGCCUGAUCGACACAGAAUCGGGACACCAGAACUCCGUUGCCGUGCCGCCAGUUCUUUAUUACCUCUCCGCUCCCUCCCCCCAACCUCCCUGGGCAUGUUCAUUUGCGCAACAUGCAACGUCGACUGUGACCAGUGCAUCCGGGCUCGAUGCACGUUGUGACUUCACUUGAUCGUUUGCCCCCAAAUGACCCUACAGGCAGGACGGAGAGGGGAAGGGGGGGCGGGAUGGACGAAAUGGCCACUUGCAUCCAAGUUGCAUCAUGAUUGCCCACAGGCUCAAACAUCUCGCUUCCGCUUGGGGGGGGGAGCAAGAAGGGUGUAAUAGCAUGACGAUGAGGUCGUUGGGUUUGCUUGGAAACGUAACGCCGUCCGUAGCCGUUUAGCCACACCCUGUCAAGACUCUAAUAAGACCUGGAGAGUCCUGAGAGCCUUUUGCUCUCACCAGCGAAGAGCUCCCGGAGGGGAGAAAGUAGUGAUUUUUGCGAGAAUUGGUAUAUUGAGAGGAGGACUUGCUCGGCUCAUACCUCACUCACCAUUACCACACCUGACGGACGAAAUGAAGUCAAAAUGACCGGAGAUGAGCGUGGGCGCAGUUUCCAAACAACUGGUUCAAAAUCUACAGGAAUCAGGUUUCGACGAUGGGGGGAGACCCCGAAUCUUACAUGGAUUGGUAUUGGCCCUGAACUCCGAGUAGGACUGAGUUUUCGGCCACCCUCCAGACCACGAUUUUUGCGCAAAAUGAUGGUUUCCAGCGCGUCAAAUUGGUUGUAGCCAGGAAACUAUGCACUGAAUUGCCAUAGUGACGGGCACUUUGGAAUUGAUCUCCCUAUCAUCUUAUCGUCAUGCAUCAGUGACCUGUCCGAAUCUAUCGUUCGGGUGACGAUUUGACUGGUCGUAGCGGCUCAAGUAGCGUGAAACUCUGGAUGCAGGGUAUAUACUACUAGUAGUAUGUACAACUAGUCGAAGAAACAUGGUCCAUUGUAGACGGAAAGGUUAGCUGAGGGCGAAACCGGGGUAGAACAGGGACAGUAUUCGUCCGCUAUCCAGGGAGACCGUCUGAAUUUGUUACCAAUCACCGUUUCUGAGGCUGUCUGUUCAACCAAACGGAAGUUAAGCGGAUGAAUGCCCCCCACCCCCCCCACCCCACCCCCCUGUUUGGUGAUCAUGGCAGCUAGUCCGAUUCCUGAAUCCGUAGUAGACGACUUGCUAGGAUACAGAGGACAUCGAAACUAAUGAAAUGCUGACUACCACUGCAAGCUAUUUUGGGGUAGGGGGAUUCCAUACUAACAGCACAGGUACUAGUCAAAAGCCCAUACACGCGUGUUUCGCCGAUAUUCUGCCACUGUAUGGCGCAGCUGCGAGAGGUUGGGCCCAUCAGUGGGUCCUCCAACAUUCCCGUCUUCUUUAUGGCAGAUAGUCCAAUUUAGAAAUUGUUGCUUUAUAAUUUCAUCAGAAAUUAAUUGAGAACUUGGAGUAGAUCAGCAUAUUCUAGGUCUAUAGGCUCAAACCGAAGUUUUUAUGUAUAAAUAUAUGGGCCGAAAGCAGACGGAGAAUGCUCGGGAGCCCGCUGAUAGGCCAAACCCCGCACAGCUGUGUCAUGCAACGGCAGAAUAUUGGCGAAACACGAGUAUAUGGGCUUUUAACUAUGCUUUUAAGAGUGCUGUUUGUAUGAUAUCCCAUUACUACUAUCUGCCUGUCAGAAGUUAAUGAAUAUGACGCGAUGGCUCAUGGACUUCGGCAUAUUCAUGCAUAAAACUUUGGUCUGAGCCUAUAAACCUAGAAUAAACUGGUCUACUCCAAGUUCGCAUUUGAUUUCUGAGGAAAGUAAACAGCAACAAUUGUAGGAUAUGUUUCUAAAUAGAGAAUAUAACUUCUGUGUAAUUGGAAUAUUGAAAUGUUUCCUACACGCUAGUCUGCUCUCUUUUGGCGAGCAUUUCCUUGCCGUGCGUAAGAUACGCUCAAAAACUAACUGCUCAAUUAGUCCCCAUCUUUUCACUAAGGUAAGGUUACUGCUUAGAUUAGAUUCGGUCGCUCGAAGGCGCUUCAGAAAAUUUUUCCGUAGGAAAUUUUUAUCCAGGAAAGUGCGUCCUCUGCAAAUAGUCAAUUUGAGAAAAUGGUACUUUUGGAUUCUAAAAAUUUAUGUCAAUCACCCUGUUAUUUUCUGCCUAACUUGCACUCAAAAAACUAACCGUUCAGAUAAUUUGCAUUCUUUCGUUAAGGUUAGGUUUUUUGAUUAGGUUAACUUUGACCCCUCAGAGGAUAUGCAAAAAAAUUUAAUCUCCUGGGAAUUUUUUGUGCGCGAAAAUACGCCCUCUGUAAAUAUUCAGUUUGAGAAAAUGGCAGUAUUGACUUUAAAAAUUUUUGUCCUUUGUAAUAUUAUUUUACAUCUAACUUGCUAUUGCAUUUGCGCUUAGAAUUUUCAGAUUACUUGGAGGAAACAUUUCUGUUAAACAAGAUCGCAUAACUCUCUAAGCCAUUAGGAUCACAUCACCUAGUUUAGUGAAUUAGGUCCUCUACCCAGGUGGUCGGAGUUGCACUCAGCUAAAGGCAGUACUCUACCAAGCCUCUAUGAAUUUCGGAUUUCCAUGCAUAUUAAACGGUAUACAAACCACAAUUUGUUAAUUAUAUUCUGUCAGAGGCAUUUUGUUUACAUUCCAUUUUGUACUUUUUAGUUUUGACUCAUAUGAUCAACUAUAUAGUAAAGUGCUCGCCCUUCACUCUGGAAUUUGAAUAAGUCGGUCAAUAAAGACCCUUCCGACCUCAGGCUACUUGAAUACUGAAUAAUCAUAUUCGACAGUAAUUGCCCGCGCACCUGUCUGUUUCGCUGGCAUCAAUGUUGAGUUACCUGGCUCUAGAUCCCAAGGCGUAAGUUUAGAAUUCCCGAAGAGCCUCGGGGGAUGCUGUACAGGGCAAGUACUCUGUCAGACCCAGCCCUAAUUCGUAGGGCGAUGGCUACGGAGAAGCCUUGCUAGAUGUCGCACAAUAUUCAUAUCCAACGCACCGCUCUGACUGGCUACAUUUUUAAAGACAAUCGAUUUCCCAGACUAUUGCACUGACAAGUCUGCAGGAACGAGAGCUGCAUGGUCCGUGACCGCGUAUUCAUCAGGUGCCAGGACCUCAAGAAAUGUACGCGUCUGAUAUGGUAGGACCAGCAAACCAUGGCCCUUGCAGCCUGGUGUGCGCUUGCAGUUUCCUGACACCUGGUUCCCUGCCGGUAGAUGUGCUUGCGCUCCCGCUGGGUAUACAGGAGGUGGGUAUGGCUGCCCAGUCAUUCUUGUCCUUCUGACCCCUCAUGGUGUUCUUGGUGAAAACUCCUGGUCAAUUGUUGUUUGGACCAGGGAGUGUAGUGGCACGCCAAGGUGCGGGUCCGGCCGCCCCAGUCACCUGUGCCCUCCCCUGCCUCCGGUCUUUUUGACUCUGUCUUGACACCGAGUCCACUGAAAGCGUGUGCCAUGCCAGUAUCAGCAAACCAUGGCCCUUGCAGCCUGGUGUGCGCUUGCAGUUUUCUGACACCUGAUUCCCCGCCGGUAGAUGCGCUUGCGCUCCCGCUGGGUAUACGCGGGUGGUGGGCAUGAUUGUUCAGCCAUCAGCCUCGUCCUUCUGACCUUUGUUAGGGUGUUGUUGGUGUUGUUGUUGAUGAUGGAAAGUCCUGGUCAAGUCUAUGUUAUCGACCAGGGAGUGUGCUAGCACGUCUAGGUGCGGGUCCGGCCGUGCCAGCCACUUGCGCCCUUCUUUGCCUCCGGCCUUCCUGACUAUGUGUGAACAUCGGGUUUAGGUGAGGAGGAGGAGCGAGUGCGGUAGACGCUGUGCACGUCUACAUUCACUGCAAACCGAAUCACGUGCAAGUCACCGUACGUGCCUCAUCUUGCGAUGGAGCACAGGAUGGACAUCGUCGGGAACGACGGUCGAACUGCCAUCAGGUGUAAGGGCCUGCUUGAUUAUCAGCAUACACCACGUGUGGGCGAGUCAGGUGCCUCGAAGUCCAGCUAACGAAGAGGUCCUGUCUUUUUGGAGGUCUUGCUGUUGGAUUUACAACUGUCCUGUCCAACCAGCCAUAUUCCCGACCAUUGUCUGCAAGCAGACACAUAAAUAUGCCCGCUUGCAAGACAGAAAGGAUUCUCAGAUGAGAUCUAACCGAUGGGUUGCGGUAUCGUGGAAGCGAAGUUAACAAAGCCAUAUGCACCUAACGGGCCCUGUAUGGGUAGAAAGGUACUCACUUGCAGAGUAGCAGGCGGACAUUGACGCGCUUGAACCGUCUGCGCAAUGUGGGUGCGCAGGUUGUUUCCGGCCAUCUGUGUUGGGCGGGACGGCUCCACCGCGCGCUUCACUGAGUGGAGAUGAAUCAGUUUUGGUGAGACGGACUUGCACAGCAUCUACCGGACCCUCCCCUGCAUCACCCAUUUCGAUCCGAAGGCAGGGGCAGAAUGUACAGCGGAGAAAAGGCGUUAGUUUUGCACGGCAGGUGAGUGGAACGUACUGAGUGGGCCCUUCAUUACAUAUCAUCCUCUAUGCUAGUUUGGUCUUCGCAAGCAACGAUGUCUGCCCCUGCCCAUGAGAUCUCGCAUAACUUCGUCUAUGGUGGAGCAGGCUUCCAGUGAAUCUACCUCACCCUGGCUUUCCACAGUCGUCGUGUUCGGACGGCAAGGUAGUCUCUGGUCGACGUCAGAUGGGCGUGGAUGCAAUGACUGACAGCUAAAGGACCCCUUUGCGCUUGCAUAUACGACCUGAUCAAGGACUACAUACGUGACCAGUUUCAUUUAGAUUGUCCCGGAUCACAUACAAUCGAAGUGGCUGACACAUUCGUAAGAAGUCAUGGCAUUGUGAUCCUCAGUCUCGACUGGGGUCGAGUUAUCCCUUUAAUUGGCAGCCCUCCAAGUCACGACUGUUAGAACAUCGGGAUAGGUUCAGAUACGUCAAACUUAAUAUUAUCGAGUAACGCGCUGAUUUGUGAUGAGGAGAAAUGUUUCAGAAUCGGUUUCGAAGCCUUUUCCUCUCCUGUUCGCCAUUGGUCUCUCCAGGCCUGUCGACAGACCGGUAGUGGCGCAGAGUCUCUAACAGUAGCGUGUAACGCUAGCGGACGAAAGACCGUCAUAGCUAACGUUAGAAAACAGCAUUGUAGCACUGAGGCGUGAGGAGUGGACGAUGCUAGUGUGUGUACAUAUGGUCAGAAAGCCUCGUGCGGCGAUUGCAUGUGUGGAAACAGUGUGAACCUGAGGGGUGCGCGAUAUUCCAUGCCGUGAAUGCUCAUAUGACGAAAAUGGGCCCUUACAACCGCUGGGCGGAGUCUGGACGAAUCGUCUCGACUCUAAUGCCACCAACACAACCAAAAGAACACUGCCAGUAGAAGCGAAGAGGAGAGUCCCAGGGAGCAGUCGUGAAGGAGGAGAUGUGAUCGCUGGGACAAGAGUUUUAUUAGCCUCACAUUUCGGGUUCCCGCUCGAACCCACCACCACCACCACCCGUAUCUGCUUUUGUCUCUGAUGACGAGUUCGAGCAGGAAUCCGAAACGUCAGGCUAAUAAAACUUUUUUCCCAGAUGCCCUGCCUCCUCCUCCACAGUUACUUGUAACGCUGACGAGCGAAAGCCCGUCAUUACCAACACUAGAAAACAACACUGUAGCGUUGAGGUGUGAGGAGUGGACGAUGCUAGUGUGUGUAUAUGUGGUCAGAAAACCUCAUGCUGCGAUUGCAUGUCUGGAAGCAGUGUGAACUUGAGUCAUAUGAGAUAUUCCGGCCACCAGUGACGUGAAUGCUUAGGUGACAAAAACGGGCCCCUACUGCCACUGGGCGAAGCGCAAGAAUGGAUGGCUUCAGAGACUAGCGUUAGUCUGAACUCCAGAAGUUGGUUCUGUAGUCGUUUUGCAAUGGACUGGAAAGUCUCUGACCAGCUCUAUGGGUGAUUCGAACGUACAAUUGCAGCGUAGCAAAUCUGACUCUUUGCCUAUAUUACUGAUGAUGGCGGUUGCCCUUCAAGUCCAGUCGGCGUUUUCGUCAUAGUGGUUAAGAAGAUGUCUGACAAGAAAAAAUCCGGAUUGGAAUACAAUGGUGCAAUGAGGACAGGUGGAAUGGGUGUCCACGGUAAAGAAAACUGAUGGUGUUUAGUUGUGUUUGAGGUUGUUUCGCAGAACUAGCAUUGUAUUGAGUCCGAAUGCUUCCAACAGAGUCAAUAAGGGUCUCGAAUUCACGCUGAUAAUAGAAACAUACUGACGGGAAUGGGUGAUGGUGAUGUUGGUGCGCGAUAUUCUAGGCAUUAGCGCCUGUUGUUUGACCUCGGUCUUCUCUAUUAAAUUGGUUUUAAAACUGAUCGCCAUGACUGACGCUCCCGUGUAGGCGUUUCCCAGAUAUCUAGGUUAAGUUGGAGGCUUUUCAGGAGGUUUCGCGGCACGUCCUUAUAACGUUGUUUUAUCCAUUUACCAUGAAAAGGCCCAUAAUGACGUCCCAGUUAUAGUCGUUUCGGCCUGCUCCCAUCAGACAACUCCGACAACUGUCGUCCAAUAAAAUUUUGCAUACUUCGGCAUGCCAGAUAUCUUCAUGGCCGGGGUGUGCGCGAUCAAUUAUUGUCACUCUUGGACUGACAUCAUUCGCAGACAGCUUGGACAGAAGAAAGUUAACUUCCUCGGACCACAUACAUCCUUAGUUGUGUCCCAAAAAUGCCGCUGCACUUUAGGUUAGGUACCAUACCCUACCCAAUCUCCGGUUGGCGCUGAAAACACCUCGUCGAUUUAUACAGUCCACACCUUGAUUUCAACAUAUUCGACAGCUGGCGGUCUUGGAAGUCUUUAUGCUGGACUUUCUGCGACGAACGUUAAAUAGAUUCCCGCCAUGAUGACGAUGUCUGUUCAAUCCUGUUUUUCUCUCCCUUACACAUACAGCGAGCUUUGGGUGGGUCGCUGUCUCGGAUACCUCCUAAUGUCUUCGGACAAAGUCAGCACGGUUGUUUACACUGAGUCUUCACGUCUCCAUCACUGUUAAAACGUCAUAACUUGCGGAAACACAACUAAUCGCCAAACGAAACCAUAUCGAUGGUACCGUAGCCGGUAUCAGUUAUCGUCAUGGUCGAGGCUGAUGGAGGAAGUAUGGACGAUUAGUGAACCAGAUUGUGUCACGUGGGAAUUAAACAACGUCACCCGCUAUUCUGUCCAUCGUGGGCGGCAGUCCAACACCUUCAACACACACCUGGGCCUAGGUGAGUCCUUCGGGCGAGGAUUCUGGAUGAACGAACGGACCGUACAGCUCAAGGAAUGGGGCACCUCCCCAAUGCAGAGACAAACGAUACCAUUCUAAUAUGACUCCCAUACUUUUUUUUCAUUCAAGGUCCCAGCCAUGCGUUCUCUGAAUGGCUUCAUCGACUCCAACAAUCUGAGGUACAGCGAGACUCCCGAUCAACAUCAACAGAUGGAAGAUGUGGGUGUGGGAGCCCACUUCUUGCACGGCCAUCUCAGAGACACUCCGUUGUCACAGCGCAAGUCAGGACCCCAAGGCCCAUCAUCUCCGAAAGCAUCAGACAACGGUCUGAGAAAAGGGACAUCCCUGACCCUCUAG